AUGGAUUUUACAAAGACUAAAACCAAAGAUGUAGCUGAUCCUAAUCAAAAUGAAGAUGACUCAUAUGUUAAAGAGAUGAAAUCUAGAUUGUUGAUUAAAAAACAUAAGGGAACUUUAGGUGAAGAAAAUCUUGGAAACUUCUAUAUCGAAGAUGAAUAAGAUACUGAUAGAUAAAUAAGGUUUAGAAUUGAGUAUUCAGUUAAUUUUUGGGUAAACAAACAAUCUUAUCAAAAUUAGAGUGCAUUACUUUUAGCAGCAGUUCUAUCAAGAUCUAUUUAUCCAUUUAGUGUUAGAUUCGUCAAAAAUAGGUUGAAGCUUUAGGGGUUUCUCAAUAUUCAUAUGGUUUAACUCCAACUUUAUUUUUAGGCUAUAUUACCUUUUAUUUUUAUAUCAAAUGGACUUGUCUUAGGAGUAUAUGAAGGUCUAUGGGCUAAAUAUUGGUUCGAUAAAGAAGUUGAGUUUAAGAAAAAAUAAUACACAAGAUUAUGA